CCUCAAGCUCCUGCGUCCUUUUUCCAUUUACAAAACCACAAUAGCCCCCAUCCAUCUCUGCUCCAUUGUGAUCCAAAGUCUAGGUAUGUCAACAGACUCAAAACAUAGCACCCCACAGUCCUCACAGACUUCCCUACCUGGACCAAUUUCAUCACCCACGAUGGCUAAUGAUAAUCAUGGUUGGAAUCACCAUCGUCAAAUGAACACCAAAGCUACCAAUCCAACCUUGCCUGAACUGCCAAAAAACGCGGUUGAUCACGUCUCAAUACCCAUCAAUAUACCAUCUGAUCAUCCCAGAGAUGCCUCGCCUGUGCAUCCAGCAUUUCGAAGGUCGGCCUCAUCGCCAUCAGAAGUGUUGCCUAUACAAACCAUAAACAUCAACCAGCCCCCGAAUUUGAAUCCCAUUAUUCGACUCAUCCGGGAUCAAGAAUUGGGCAAAGCAGUGCUCGGUUUUGUCAUUCCUCUGACAACAGGUCUCCUUUCGGCCUAUGCCAAGAAUCCCGAUUCAUUGGUGCCUCUCUUAACUAUGCUGCCACUAUGCAUAGGGCUCACAGCGUUAUGGAACGGUCUCCUGCUUCGCGAUACCUUCCCUAGAUUUUCAAGCACAGUUGAACAAAUUGGAGCUGGGUGUGUUCUGUUUGCUUUUUUUGGGGCGAUCGGAUCAUUUCUUCCUCCAAAGGUUUCUUGGGCUUCCUGGUUUGAAAUAAAGAGGCAAGAAGUGGUUGGCACAGCCCUAUCCCAUGGAUUUUCACUGGUGCAAAUAUCUCAUACCGAGCUCACUCAUUUGACGAAAUAA